AGCUGCUGCACAGGCAGCACUAGCUCUACCAGGCGGCCGUGUUGUCAGUGUUAUUGGAAGUGUGCGUGAGGGUGUGUGUAGUUGUGCGGUCCUGUUCAAACGUCACAGGGAUGGCGUCUCUUUUGAACUGUUUUGUGUCCCUUUUGCUUCUAUUUGACCUGACGGCAGUGACAUUUUGCGCAGAAGACAGAGAGCUAUUAGUUGUCACUGUGGCUACCAAUGAGACAGACGGAUAUCGCAGGUUCAUCAGAUCAACAAAAGUUUAUGGCUUAGAAGUCAUGGUAUUAGGCAUGGGUGUCACUUGGGAAGGUGGUGACAUGAAUUUAGCUGGGGGUGGCCAUAAGAUCAAUCUUCUAAAGAAAGCACUGGAGAAAUAUAAGGAUGAUGACAAAAAGCUCAUAUUAUUCACCGACAGCUAUGAUGUCAUCUUUACUAAUGGCAAGGAUGCAAUCCUUGAAAAAUUUGAUCGUCUUGAAGCUCGAGUUGUGUUUGGUGCUGAGGACUUUUGUUGGCCUAAUAUCAAUCUUGCUACUCAGUAUCCAAGAGUCUCCUUUGGGUACAAAUAUUUGAAUUCAGGAGGGUUUAUUGGAUAUGCUCCUGAAGUUUACAAGGUUGUAUCAGCAGCAGAGGUAGACAACAGUGAUGAUGACCAAUUGUAUUAUACAAAAGUGUUCUUGGACAAAACUUCAAGGGAUGGUUUAAAGAUUAAGCUAGAUACACAGGCCAGAAUAUUUCAGAACCUCAAUGGGCAGUUUUCUGAUGUGUCCCUCAAGUUUGAUGAAGAUGAUACUCACUUAAUCAAUACAGUGUAUCAGACCACUCCUGUUGUGAUUCAUGGAAAUGGCCCUUCCAAGAUCUUGCUGAAUUCUGUUGGAAAUUAUAUUGCAAAGUCCUGGAUUCAUGAGAAAGGAUGCUUGGCAUGCAAGGAGCAAACAUUUGACUUGGAUCAUUUACCAGAAGAGGAGUACCCACGCAUACUUGUUGCUGUAUUUGUAGUCAAGCCAAUGCCAUUUUUAGAGGAAAUGUUGGAUAAAGUGGUAAAACUGAAUUACCCCAAAAAGAGGAUUGAUCUUUUAGUCUAUAAUCAGGUAGCUCUACAUGAAAAACUUGUCAACUCAUGGGCUGAAAAACUUCAGAAAAAGAAACAGUACGGCACUGUGAAACUAUUACCAUUUGGUGGCAAAAUGAAGGAAUGGCAUGCUCGGAAUUUAGCUACAGAGCAAUGCUUAGCCCGUGACUGUGAUGCUUUGCUGAACAUUGAUGGUGAAGUUCACCUUGAUAAUCCAGAUACACUGAAAUUACUGAUAUCUCAUAACAGACCUGUCCUUGGUGCCAUGGUGAUAAGACAAGGUCAGGCAUGGUCUACAUUUUGGGGAGCUAUCAAUGCUGAAGGAUUUUAUGCCAGGUCAAUGGAUUACAUGGAUAUCGUAAACAAUAAUAGAAGAGGAAUAUGGAAUGUGCCUUACAUAUCGGGCGUCUACUUAAUCCAGAAGUCUGUGCUGGACAACCCAGAGACUCGUCCCAGCUACAUCAACAAACUCUUCGACGCAGACAUGGCUGUGGCAGCCAACAUGAGGGAAAAGGGAGUGUUUAUGUAUGUAAGUAACCUGGAGGACUACGGUCACCUUGUUGACCCGGAUUAUUUCACGACAAAGUACCUGUAUAAUGACAUGUGGCAGAUGAAAGCCAACAAGUACGAUUGGGAACAACGCUAUAUAUCGCCAAUGUAUUGGUCAGCGCUCGACACUAAAAAUUUGAAUGAAAUGCCAUGCCCUGAUGUGUACUGGUUUCCAAUUUUCACCCCAAGAUUCUGCCAAGAGUUGGUUGAAUUAGCCAAUGACAAUGGUGGUUGGUCCGAUGGUACUAACGAUGAUCCAAGACUUGCAGGGGGUUAUGAGAAUGUCCCAACAAUAGAUAUCCACAUGAAUCAAAUGGAAUUUGAACAAGAAUGGCUUUGGAUCCUUCGUCAUUAUGUGAAACCGUUAGCUGAAAAAGUUUACCUUGGAUAUGAUAGUGCUGCUCGAGCAAUAAUGAACUUUAUCGUGCGUUACAAACCUACUGAGCAACCAUUCCUUAGACCACAUCAUGAUUCUUCAACUUACACUAUCAAUGUGGGUCUGAAUAACCCUCACAUUGACUAUGAGGGUGGUGGUGCUCACUUCAUCAGAUACAACUGUUCAGUUGUAAAUACCCGUGUGGGAUGGGCAUUGAUGCAUCCUGGUAGACUGACUCAUUACCAUGAAGGGCUUCCAACAACAAAAGGGACAAGAUACAUAAUGGUCUCAUUCAUUGAUCCUUAAAAUCUUAAGUUACUAAUGCUCUUUUUCAAUUUCAAGUUAGUAAAAGUGCUUGAAAGGAUGUUUUCAAGUUGAUAAUGGUGCUCACAAAUUGCAAACUUCUUAUUUUUACUUAUGCACACAUGCCUGCUUAAGUGAGUUCACAGUACAGAAUAGCUCCUAAUGCCAGCAAAGCAAUAAUUAAAAUGGGGGUAUCUUUACUGGUCUUACCCAUAAAAUGUUUUGUUCAUCAGUGCAAUUUAACUUUGAUGUCUACCCUCUUGUCCUCAGGUCACUUGUUUUACCCUUUUUUAAUAAUCAGAUCACUGGCAUGUGUCUUUUUAUUGUUUAGGAUUGUGAGGAGUGUUUAAUAUAAUCAAAAUUAGGUGAGAUUGGGUUUUCAUUUCUUUUUAAAGUGUGUGUUAAUGCCUGUGAAUAUAGGUUUAUCAGAUAUGUAUUGUACUCAUUAUUUAUAAACCAGUUUUGUUGAGCAUUGUCAUGUGUAUUCAUAUGUUUGUAUGAGUUUUAUACAUUGAAAGUAUGAUAUUAGGUUUUUAUAGUUUUUAUGAAUUAUUUAUAGGAUUAUAAUUUCUAGUAUUGAGUUUUAUACAGUUUUGAAAAAAUUGCAGAUAUUAAGCUAUGACAAUUUUUGAGUUAUUUAUAGAAUUUUAAAGUGCCAUUAUGGUAAUUGAUGGGCUCCGGUACGCCUGCAUAUGAAUCCACUUGGAUAUUCUUGGGAUGUUAUUUCUUUGGCACCUGUAAUCCUGAACUUGGGAGACCCCAUGUCCAUGAGAUUGUAACUGUGGUUAAUGAGGCAUGUGUCCCAUCCCCUGUUAAUUUCCAUUGUGGAAAAACCUGCUCUGCAUACAGUGCUGGGAAAAAAUUAGGUCCAUUGUAAUAAACUUGACCUCUGUAAAUCCAAAUUUCUUCUUGUCUUUUUUACACUCUCUUUUGCCAUUUUUGGGAGAGUUAUUUUUUAUCUCUGCUCCAGUGGUCUUUAUCCUCUUACCCUUAAUUUCUGUAGUUCAUGUAAUCUUUCUCUUGUCCUCACAAAAGGUCUUUAGGGGUCUUACAACCUUAAAUGAAUAAAGUAUCAGAACUAAAUAUAUGUUAGCAUUAUACUUGAAGGUUUUGGUACAUAGUAUCAAUUACUACACUUACACUUCUUAGAAACAUGCUGGUUCAAGCCCCAGCCCCCCAAAAAUUACCACACUUAUGCUUUAAACUCCAUUCUGUUAAUUUAAUCUGUAGCUUCCUGAAAAAAUUAAUUUCAUACCUCAACUUAGCCUACUUUCUCAGAUUCUUUAAUUCAUUGAACCCAGGCCACUUCUUUUGGACCGCAGUAUGGCUUCUACUAGUCAUCUUCUUUGGAACUUCAGUUAUUUCUCCAAUGUGUACAGUAGUCUUACUUAUGUCUCUCUUAGCUUAAACUUCAGGGUUUUAAUUAUUCACAACAUUAAGUGUUACUGAUUACAUGGCUAGUGCUGGUUCUCCUCUUUUGUUGACAAUUUUCUAUUUUAUCAUCAACAAGUCUCUCUAUUUUAUACUUUAUUAUCUCUGACAAGCCUCAGACAAUUUUGGGAUGAGAGUAUUUGCAGCUAUUCAGCACUGUUUUUUCAUUGGUCUUGACCAAUCUUGUGGGCAUAAAUUAAAAUAAGUAUCGUGUUUUUAUGAAAAAAAUAAUUUUAAAAUUGUGUUUUUUCAUCAAAGACUAAUCUGCUUGUUAAAUGGCAAAUUCAACAUAUGUGUAUAAAGAGCUCUGCUCUGACUUUUAUUGGUGUCCCAGCAAUAAGAAUUUUAUAAUGUUGCAUGUAAUUUCAAUAUAGUCUAUGUAUAUCAUAGUACGUAGUAUUGUACGUACCAGUCAUUUUUCUUUAUUCCCUGUAUACCUUACAUUUUAAAUAUAAUUCCAUUUAAAAAUAUAUGAAAUGCAGUAUUUUACUGUAGACAUGAAUGUCACAAAUAUUUCUAUUAGGAAAGCACAAAAUCCCUCCUUGAAGAAGAUUAACUGUUGUGGAUAAUGUAGUGUCAGAAAACUGAAAUGACUUUGCCAUGCAGUACCAUAUACAUAUAGGAAAUAGUUAGUGCAAAUUCCCAUUCACAGAAAAACCUCAAGUGAUUUAUCCUCAAUAAAUGAAAACUGUAUAUUCAAUGAAAUAUUGAACAGUUAAAUGUGUCACCUAACCCACUAGUUCCGACUUUCAUGGCACCUCAUACCCUUUGACCAGGUUUCUUGUUCUUCACAGCUUACUCCACAAAUACAGUAUAUAUGUAGUUGUAUCGGUGGGUAAACUAUCUUUUGGGAUAGAUUCAGAGCAAAUAUAGCUACAAUUGUUAUUUUUAUUAUGUGUUGAGUUUACACUUUUUACAUACAGUAUCUAUCUCCCUAAAUCUAUCCUAUUUUUCUUACACCUCAUUCUAGACAGUGGACUGUUUCUAAUUAUACCAUUAAUACCCCUCAUGUAACCAAGAGUGUUGGAGGUAGUUGUCUGGACUCAUUGAUAGAGAGAAGGGACAGGUAGGGGGAUCUGUAAAAUAACGGAAUAAUAUAUAGAAUAUUAAUUUCUUUGUAAUGAAAGAUUGUAUAGUAUCUGGCAAAUUAGAAGUUGUGAAAAGUAACAUUGUUUAUGAUUUAUUAAGGUCAUAGCUUGUACAGUUUGGGCUGGUCAGAUCAAAUAUACUUCACCAACCCCAUCCUCUUAGCAUAGAAGCAGAUGCCUAUCAAUUCUAUGCAAUGAAGAAAGAACUGUGCAUGUAGAUUAUGCUAGUAUAAUCCUUUCCCUCUAUACUGGAUUCAUUUCCCUAAGGUUCUCCGAAUUUCUCAUCACAUGUAUCUUUUUUAAUUGAUCCAUUUUGAGGGUGGACCAAAAAAAUGGCAAGAGUGGUCACCCUAACUCAAAACAAUACAUAAGAUAGGCCCAAUGAUGAUAGCAAUUUAUUUUUUGUGCGCUAUAUGUGAAAGAACAAUAGAUCAAAUUGGAAUCAUGGAGUAUGACAGAUGCAAGAAAUUGGUCUGGUCAUUGAGUCAACAUUAAAUGAGCAUAGGAAAAAUUACAUAAAACAAAUAAGUAUUAAAGCAAUAAAAAUGUCAGAAUAAUGAAAAUUUGAUUCUUGUUACAGUACAUGAAAUUGUGAAAAUCCUAGGUUUAAUUGUCUCAAAUAGACUAUUCUUUGCUAACUGAUAUCUGUCAAAUACGUACUCCUUUUUUUAAAUUCUUUAAUUCCAUUAAGAUUUAAUUUCUCUGAAAUUAGGUGAAACUAGUAUCUAUACUCCUUUUGAUAGUUGUUGGCUAUAACACUUUUCAUCGUAGUUAGCUAAUAGGUCUUUUAUCUAAUUCAAAUCUUUCUGCAUGAACUGUCUCUACUUCAUUUCUGGCUUCUCUUGCAUACAGGUGACAAGUACUUUUAACUUGGGAAUAAACUAUCCUUAACACAAAGUCUAAAGUGUGUGGCAAACAUCUCUUAGAACCAGUCUCAACAAAAUCUUUUGGCCUCUUCUAUAAUUGUGAACGUUUGCCAGUUUUCAGUAAUAAUCAUAAUAAAAUUGUCAUUAAAAUGGGUUCCUUUAUAGAGGUACACUCUGCUGCAUAUGAAAUAAUAAAUAAGUGCUUGUCAGGAGCACAAAAUCAGAAAUAGUGGGAAAGGUGAAAAGCUAGAAAGGAGGAGGGUUAAUUGUUAUAUUUAAGAACAGCCUAUAGAAUUGAGAAAGUUAGUACAAAAAACAUGUUUCAAUUAAAUGUAAAUGGAGAAAUAUACUGUGUAUUAAAAAGGUAAGAUUAUGGCA